ACUUUUUGUGACGUCAUAAUUGUACUUACAGUUUUGGAAAAAGUUAGGCGAGACGGACGCAUUUUUUAAUCGUCUUGAUUUAGCCGCUCAUUUUUUCCAAUUAACGCGAGUUUCUUUAUCGACGAUGUUUUCGUUAAUCAUGGUAACGAGCAUUUGUUUAUUCGAUCUUGCAGCCAGGAUGUUUGGCACCACUGGCAAAGAGAGGAGCGCACAGGAGUCUCCUGUAGUGAAGCGGAAAGUCAGGAGGUGUGACUUAAACGGCCCCUCUAACCGUGUGGACAACAUCCUGCCCACAGACACCGACACAUCAGCCGCCUCUGCCUCUGCCAGUGCGGCCAACAACAAACUGGAAAAGGAGAAUUUCAGAGGCUUCGAAAGUGAUUUUCUACUGUCUCCAGGGAAAGCUGAAGAAAAGGAGAAGGAAGGCACUGCCAGCCCUUCUCCCACUCGGCAGAAUACGACCGAGCCCGACGAGACAGAAACCAACACCUCUUCCAGCCAACGGCAGGAGAAUGACUCCAUAGCCCUGGUACCGCGCCGCAGGUUCAGAAUCCCCCCAGUCAUGGCCCAGGUCUCGCCCGUAAUCCUAUAUAUACCAGAUACGAACCAGGUCACCAUGUUCUGGGACAGAAGCGACCAUUCCAAAAUGUUGUUGUGGAUGAUGAUUCAAGCCAGACGGGAGGCGGGGAUCUGGUAGGGAGACUGGACUAUAAUUCUCGAACACCAAGCUCUACCAUAGUACACAAACAUGUAUUGGGCGUGGGAGUGGUGCGUUUGUGUGAUGGGGGAUUUAGGGUGGUUUUGUAGAGGGGUUCGUAAAUUGUUAAGGAUUUUUGAGUUGUCAUUGUUAUACAUAAUUAUAUUACUAAGCUUUUCUUCUCAUGUCCUAUGCACUAUAAAACAUUCAGAAACUUACAAUUCAGCAAUAGUAGACUUUGGCAAAUGUUAUCAUAAAACUGUUCUAGAACAUAAACACGGCAUCCUUCAGUCAGCUUUUAUAUUGACUAUUGUAAAACCCUAAAAUCCUAGAACAUAAAUGUCUACAUUCGGUCGUACGUUAUAUAUUUUUAUACAUUUAGUUGCCAGCUAUACCUCUGUAUGUGCAACUACAUGUACGUAUCCAAGGAGAAGGAAAAAUAAGUAUACUUAUCUGGCGACUACUCCGUAUAUUGUGUCACAGUUGUGACCAGUUUAUAUUACUGACUCUAAGCUACAUCGAAACUUGGUUUGGUUUUGAUUCUGGAGACGAAUAAAAGUACAAACUGUUGGAAA